CGUCGCCUGAUCUUCUUCCCCAGUAGUCCAAAAAAAAAAGUAGUCUCCUCGUUGCGGAAAUGAGGAGCUCGAGAUCUCUCCUGGCCUCGGCAGCGGCGGUGCUGCUGCUGCUGCUGCUGUCGCUGGCGGCUGCGGCGGAUAUGUCGAUCGUGUCGUACGGGGAGAGGAGCGAGGAGGAGACGCGGCGGGUGUACGCGGAGUGGAUGGCGCAGCACGGUAGGACUUACAACGCCCUCGGCGAGGAGGACCGCCGGUUCCAGGUGUUCAGGGACAACCUACGCUACAUCGACCAGCACAACACCGCCGCUGACGCCGGCCUUCACUCCUUCCGCCUGGGGCUCAACCGCUUCGCCGACACCACCAACCAGGAGUACCGUGCUAGGUACCUCGGUGUUCGGAGCAAGCCGGAGAGGCAGAGGAAGCUGAGCACCAGGUACCAGGCCGACGACAGCGAGGAGCUGCCGGAGUCGUUCGAUUGGAGGGAGAAGGGAGCGGUUGUCGAGGUCAAGGACCAGGGCGAUUGUGGGAGCAGCUGGGCCUUUUCAGCAAUAGCAGCUGUUGAAGGAAUCAACCAGAUUGUUACGGGCCAGCUCAUUUCCUUGUCCGAGCAAGAGCUGGUUGACUGCGACACUUUAUACAAUGCGGGGUGCGAUGGAGGUCUAAUGGAUGAUGCAUUCGUGUUCAUCAUGAACAAUAAAGGGAUCGGCACGACACAGGACUACCCUUACAUUGCCAAGGGCAACCACUAUUGUGCUGCUAACAAGAAUAAGACGACUGUUACAAUUGAUGACUGCAAUGAUGUGCCCAUGUACAGUGAAAAGAGCCUGCAAAAGGCAGUUUCAAACCAGCCAAUCAGUGUUGCAAUUGACGGCAGGGGCAGAGAAUUCCAACUCUAUGAGUCGGGUAUCUUAUCAACCUGCGGAUCAGACGUUGACCGUGCAGCCACUGUUGUUGGCUAUGGUUCGGAAAAUGGCAAGGACUACUGGAUCGUGAAGGAGUCCUUGGGCAUCGGCUGGGGUGAGUCUGGCUAUGUCCGGAUGGAGCGCAAUGUCAAGACAAUCAGUGGCACAUGUGGAAUCACCUUUUGGCCUUGUUACCCAAUCAAGAACCAGACGGAGCCCCUAAACACUGGCCCUAAGCAUACCCUUGCCAAGCCGCACCAAGCUUUCUCUGCCAGUGCAGCUAUGGGCAAGAAGAGCAGCUUGUGAAGAUCUACAUCUUGACAUCAGCCCCGCCAUCGUUCGAAACUGUGUGUGUGUCCAAUCAUUAUUGUGGAGAUCAUAGUUGGCCCCCUGGACAAGGAGGAUCUGCAGCGGUUGAGGUUAUCUUCUGAAAAAGGAGGAGUCCAAAAUAUGCCAUGGUGUCGCUGGGAAGGACUUCCAACUUGUGUCCAAGAACAGGGUUUAUAUUCUGUCAUCUUUUCGAGAUCCAAAACACUAAAACAGUUAAGUUUACUUUCAGGCUGGAGUAACUAGAGGGGGCCUGUGCUAUUUUACGUUUGUUGACGUUAGAAUGCUGACGCCAAUGUGAGUCAGUGAGUGUAUGUGUGUGGUGUAAAAACAUACUCCAAUUUCUUCAUGAAAUUGGGGGCCGUGUGCCCGUGUGGCCCCUUUUAUCUAUACAAAAAAGAUUAAUAAAAGGAAUGACAUAAGCAGAUUGCA